AUGGUGCAAUACACACCGGGACCGUCGCCAUGGUGCCACACACACCGGGACCGUCGCCAUGGUGCCACACACACCGGGACCGUCGCCAUGGUGCCGCCCACCCCUGGACCGUCGCUAUGGUGCCACACACACCGGGACCGUCGCCAUGGUGCCACACACACCGGGACCGUCGCCAUGCUGCCAUACACACCGGGACCGUCCCCAUGGUGUUAUUCACAAAACGCACACACCCUGGUGCUUGUCGUACGUUCAGACGCUACAGUACAGACGCUACAGUACAGACGCUUCAGUACAGACGCUACAGUACAGACGCUACAGCUCAGACGCCACAGUACAGACGCCACAGUACAGACGCUACAGUACAGACGCUACAGUACAGACGCUUCAGUACAGACGCUACAGUACAGACGCUACAGCUCAGACGCCACAGUACAGACGCCACAGUACAGACGCCACAGUACAGACGCUACAGCUCAGACGCUACAGCACAGACGCCACAGUACAGACGCUACAGUACAGACGCUACAGUACAGACGCUACAGUACAGACGCCACAGUACAGACGCUACAGUACAGACGCUACAGUACAGACGCCACAGUACAGACGCUACAGCUCAGACGCUACAGCACAGACGCCACAGUACAGACGCCACAGUACAGACGCCACAGUACAGACGCCACAGUACAGACGCCACAGUACAGACGCUACAGCACAGACGCCACAGUACAGACGCCACAGUACAGACGCCACAGUACAGAUGCUACAGCUCAGACGCUACAGCUCAGACGCCACAGUACAGACGCCACAGUACAGACGCUACAGUACAGACGCCACAGUACAGACGCUACAGUACAGACGCCACAGUACAGACGGUACAGUACAGACGGUACCGUACAGACGCUACCAUACAAACGCUACAGUACAGACGCUACAGCUCAGACGCCACAGUACAGACGCCACAGUACAGACGCCACAGUACAGACGCCACAGUACAGACGCUACAGCACAGACGCCACAGUACAGACGCCACAGUACAGACGCCACAGUACAGAUGCUACAGCUCAGACGCUACAGCUCAGACGCCACAGUACAGACGCCACAGUACAGACGCUGCAGUACAGACGCCACAGUACAGACGCUACAGUACAGACGCCACAGUACAGACGGUACAGUACAGACGGUACCGUACAGACGCCACAGUACAGACGCCACAGUACAGACGCCACAGUACAGAUGCUACAGCUCAGACGCCACAGCACAGACGCCACAGUACAGACGCCACAGUACAGACGCUACAGCACAGACGCCACAGUACAGACGCCACAGUACAGACGCCACAGUACAGUCGGUACAGUACAGACGCUACAGUACAGACGCUACAGCUCAGACGCCACAGUACAGACGCCACAGUACAGACGCCACAGUACAGACGCUACAGUACAGACGCUACAGUACAGACGCUACAGCUCAGACGCCACAGCACAGACGCCACAGCACAGACGCCACAGUACAGACGCCACAGUACAUACGCCACAGCACAGACGCUACAGCACAGACGCCACAGUACAGACGCCACAGUACAGACGCUACAGUACAGACGCUACCGCACAGACGCUACAGUACAGACGCCACAGUACAGACGCUACAGUACAGACGCUUCAUUACAGACGCCACAGUACAGACGCUACAGUAGAGACGCUACAGGGCUCUAAAUUCCAGCACAUGGAGCGUUUGGUACAGCACAGACGCCACAGUACAGACGCCACAGUACAGACGCUACAGUACAGACGCUACAGUACAGACGCCACAGUACAGACGCCACAGUACAGAUGCUACAGCUCAGACGCCACAGUACAGACGCCACAGUACAGACGCUACAGUACAGACGCUACAGUACAAACGCCACAGUACAGACGCCACAGUACAGACGCCACAGUACAGAUGCUACAGCUCAGACGCCACAGUACAGACGCCACAGUACAGACGCUACAGUACAGACGCUACAGUACAAACGCCACAGUACAGACGCCACAGUACAGACGCCACAGUACAGACGCCACAGUACAGACGCUACAGCACAGACGCCACAGUACAGACGCCACAGUACAGACGCCACAGUACAGAUGCUACAGCACAGACGCCACAGUACAGACGCCACAGUACAGACGCCACAGUACAGACGCCACAGUACAGAUGCUACAGCUCAGACGCUACAGCUCAGACGCCACAGUACAGACGCCACAGUACAGACGCUACAGUACAGACGCCACAGUACAGACGCUACAGUACAGACGCCACAGUACAGACGGUACAGUACAGACGGUACCGUACAGACGCUACCGUACAGACGCUACAGUACAGACGCUACAGCUCAGACGCCACAGCACAGACGCCACAGCACAGACGCCACAGUACAGACGCCACAGUACAGACGCCACAGCACAGACGCUACAGCUCAGACGCCUCAGUACAGACGCCACAGUACAGACGCUACAGUACAGACGCUUCAUUACAGACGCCACAGUACAGACGCUACAGUACAGACGCUACAGUACAGACGCUACAGUACAGACGCUACAGUACAGACGCUACAGCACAGACGCUACAGUACAGACGCUACCGCACAGACGCUACAGUACAGACGCUACAGUACAGACGCUACAGUACAGACGCUACAGUACAGACGCUACAGUACAGACGCUACAGUACAGACGCUACAGUAGAGACGCUACAGCGCGUUUGCCCACGCACUGCCAUGUUGUCCUGCUCUCUCAAUUCCUCCAUCUCGAGAUGGAGGAAUUGAGAGAGCAGGUCUACUUGGCAGUGGGUGGGCAAACGCGCCUGACCGCAUCGUCAGAUGAGGGUAACCUUGAGAGUGAGCGUUCGCUCCUGGCUGUCCUGCGGCCCCGUGACUCCAGUUGGUGA